AUGUUUUGGCGGUUCGCUCUUCAUUGGAUUCAUCUGACUGAAGUACCUUCAUCCCUUGCCCACUCAUACUCUAUCCACACCUCCUCCUCCUUCAGCACGUUUUCAACGAUCGACGACAAGGAGGACCAAAAUGCCGCAACUUUGGACGAGAGUAAAGAACUGCAGCCGCUGUCGCCAAUUCCACGUGGCGACGACCCCAUCAAUCUGCGCCUCCAGCACAACGCCUCGCAGCCCGUCAAUCGCCUUCCUCCUGAGCUGCUACAGACCAUCUUCGGUAUGAUGGAUAUCGACGGCGAGGGCUGGCCUGACGAACUGACCGUGUGGCCACCCGCCGUGAUGCUGGUUUGCGGCUACUGGCUGCGCGUAGCCUUAGGCACAUCGGCCCUGCGGGCAGAACUAGACAUCGAACAUGCACCCGCCCUCGCCUUGUACCUCAGCGAACGCUUUACGGAAGGGCCGCUGCGCAUUGAUUGGCACACUCAAAGACCCAAAGGGCCAUCAGAUCAAUCUUUGGCAGCGAUCGGCCAGAUCCUGUCCAAACACACCGCACGGUUCACCUGCCUCAGAAUCUCGCUGCGAACGUGGCACAAGGCCGUUGAGGAAGCUUUAUGUCAGGUUCAGCAGCACGCACCCGCUCUGCAAUUACUCGUCAUCGAGUUCUAUGGCUCGGAAGAAGUCCGGACGUCUGCUUCCAUCAUCGCUCGAUUCUGCUCUCUUGAUGCUCCGGCGCUCAAAUUAUUGACGAUAUCACCCUCUUUCCCUUGCAUAAGGGGGUCAAACAUCAUGAAAUCGCCUUGCCUGCGCAAGCUGACUGUUCGUCGUGGUCAGAUCGACCGGGUUGAAGGCACAACAGCUGACAUCAUCGCAUCCCUCGAGACCCUGCCGAUGCUGGAAUGUCUAACCUUGGACGAUUGCUUACCUGUCGAGCGAGGUCCAAGGUUAUCAACGUCGGUGGCUGCAUUGCCAUCUCUUCGAGAGAUAAGUCUUCACGGGAAGACAACGGAAUGCACCUUGAUCCUUGAAGAUCUACUCCUGCACCGUCGGGAGCCGUUCGCGAAGUUAGAGGUGGAAUGCUACGAGGCGGAUAACAAGGAUUUUAUCUCUCAUAUGGUUGAUCUCUGGCGGCUGAUCCAAGCAAAUUAUCGGCGUCCGGAUUAUUGGCGGCUUCAAAUCAUGCUGUUCAGGUUCGCGAUUAUGGGCGGCGAGCCUUUCAAGGAUCGCAGCGGUAACCGUGUUUUAAUAACCCUGAGAAACCUCCUUAAAGAGGAUGAUUUCCCUCCUAUUCUCCUCGCCAUCGACCGCCUAUUCAAACAAACCAAGACCCCUUUAUCGACCCUCACUCUUUCGGGAUGGCCGGACGUCCUCUACCAGAACUAUCGAGACGAAGAGAGGUUACGAACGAUCCUUUCUAUUCAUCCGUCUGUACAACAUCUGCGUAUCCUCGGAGACGAUUGUGUGGCGGCUGUUCUAAAGGUGCUAGGCAGAGCCGCCGAUGAUCCAGGGGAGGAUCCUGCCAGCAAAGUGCUCCCGAACAUGGUUUCCAUGGAAAUCCGGGACGCGGUGAACGGUGAGCGAUUCUCGUGGUUCGACAUGUGCCGCGCCGUGGUCGAAAGACGGCGGCAGGCCUCGUCGCAGGCAGUCGCGGAGCCUAUCUUCCAGUCUCUCACUUUCAAGCGUUGCCAUGGCAUCGGUAUUCAAGAACUGGAAGCGCUGAGGACGGUGGUCCCAUGGGUGCACGUAGCGGACUAA